AUGUUUUCGAAGCGCGAGUCAGCGAUGGAUUGGAUUGUCUUCCUGACCAACGAUAACGAGGCAGAUCGGAAGGUGAUCGAGCCAGACCAUCUCAAACGAGCCGUCCAAUUCAUCAGCCCGACUGACUACGAGGAGGAUAUCUUAAUCGAAAGGAAUCUGAGCGACUUGUGUGGCUAUCCAAUCUGUUUAAAAUCACCUAAGGAAGCCAAGACGACUCUCAGUCCCAUACGCAGAAAUCUCAAAAACCCUAGCUAUCUCCAGCACACGACGGGGGCCUCUUCCACUUGGAAAACAGUCACGUCGACCACAUCUGGCAGUCAAGAACAAGAACCACGUUUUUGUAGUCAAGAGUGCCAGGCUCGGAGUGACUACUAUUUAACAUGCAUCUUGAAGAGCCCGCGCUUUCGAACUCAAAACCAGAACAACGGCACUAGUGAUGCCGUUUGUCAGCGGGAUAAAAAAAUCGUUUUAUUAGAAGAGCUAGAUCAAAUUGAUGACCGACCGGCCUUUCAAUCAAGUACCUCGGCAAAGCAACAAGGUGAUACACUGCUCAAGAGCCAAGCGUUAGACGAGGACCAAAGGACAAAGCCACAACAGCAUAACUUCCUUGAACCCUUGUUGAACCAAUUCCAAUCUCACAAUACGACCAGAUGGGUCGACAAAAACCUGAAUCCGAUCUUCUCGUCGAUCCAAAUCAUCGAGCAUCCUCCUCAAUCCUGCCUAUCACCAUCUGACACAUUGAGCCCUGUAGCACCCCAUCCGUCAAACAACCAGGACCCUGACCAGCGGUUUUUCCACGUCGCCCCUUCCUCCGACUGCUCCCUCUCAAAACCAUCCAUGAAUCUAGUUAAACCCGACCAAGAUCUCAAUCCGAUCCAUGAACUAUCUUCUUCGCUCACUCAAGCGCUCACCUCUCAAGCCAUCUUGUCAAAUUCAAACCCUCAUCGCUCCAUUGCUCCUAAACCUCGACCUGAACCGAAGGACGAUGAUCAUCCUACUCCUCCUUCCACUUCCGAGUCUGAGCUUCCUGCACCAGGGCUCCUCGAAGCCGAGAUCAUUUACAAUGUUGGCUCUGUUGAGGAUCAGUUUGCUAUUGACCAGGCCAUGGCUUUGCGCGAUCAGCUCGGACUUGUGUCUACAUGAAAUUUUCCACUUAAUUCACUUUUCCAAACUUAUUUCACACUAAGUUGCUUCACUAAUGAUGGUAUACUAAGAAAACUAGACGCUUUAUGAGAUGCUGCUGUGGUGUUCCAUCUCUUACGGAUUUUGUAUGGUAUGUUGGAAAGAAAAGCUUCUGGAGCCUCGGAUCACAUUAUCUUCUUUCUCAAGAUGUGGCCUAAACUUGGGAACCAUCGGAAAAUUCGUCCUCGUUGUUUUCACCCAUCCUACCGUUAUGCAUGUGUAUAAAUUACAAAUAAAUAAAGCGAUCGUUUUGUAACCGAUCGUGUAUUCAACAGCUACCUUGAUCUGACCUGGUGUCGAAGCGCUUUUGGAUCAGUUGCCUCACUUGGGGCCUGGAUAAGACAAACC